AUGGGACGUAACAAAAUCAAAAUAGAGAAGAUAGAUAACGAAAGAAAGAGACAGACCACAUUCCAGAAACGCCGUCAUGGGCUUAUUAAAAAAGCCAUGGAACUCAGUAUAUUAUGUGAUUGCCAAGUUUCUUUGAUGGUAUUUAAAGAUGAGAAGUUGGUUGUAUACAGCACUUCUGAUAUUAAAAAGACUCUAUUAGAGUUUGUCCAAUUCAAAAACAAAUUUGUUUCAUUUUCGAACGAUGACUAUAAUAACGUGACUGAAAAUAUGAUCGACAUCGAACAACCUGAAAAACCACAACAAGACAAACAGCCCGACAAACCCGAAGCGUCACCUUCACAACAAUUAUUCCCACCAAUACCUCAACAACAACAAGAACAACAAAGAGGACAACCAAGACCAGACUAUGCCCCACCGCCACAGUACAGUGACAGAAGAGAUUAUCAACAAAUCGACCAAAGGAAACAAAAGGAUAAGAAAGAACAAUUCAGAGGCGCUCAACAAGACGGUUUUACCUUUGGGAGGGUCGAAGAAUAUCGCGACGGAUCCCCUUCACAAGAUGGAUUUUAUCAACGACAACCCAUUAAAAGAGAACCACAGAACGACCCGGGGUUAAUACCGAAAGACAAACGACUUUCGCCAGAGUGA